GGCGCCACCUGCUGGGCCGGCGCCGGCCUCGGCCUUCUGCACGUGCGGCCCGCCAGCUCCGCCCUCGCCGCUGCCUUCGCCCUCCUCCUCGCCUACGCACAGAUCGGUCCAUGGCCAGCCUAUAAACCUGAGAGUGACUGCAGCUAUAAAUAUGCAGGCUCAAGCUUCUUUUCCAAGGCAACAUUCUUCUGGCUUCUACCACUCUUUCGUGGAGGCUACAAAUCCCCUUUAGAACUUGAGGAUCUGGGAAACUUGCCAUAUUCUGAAAGCACUGAAGCUCAGUAUCGCAAGUUUAAAAGUGUCUACUUUCAGGAAAAGGUAGCAGCUCAUAAGGAGAAACGCCCAAUUUCACUGUGGAAAUGUUAUUUCCGUAGUUGUUGGUACCUGUUUUUGUGUGGAGGGAUCUUCAAGCUACUUGGUGACAUGGUUGGUUUUGUUGGUCCUCUAGGUAUCUCUGUUAUAAUUGAUUAUGUCACAGAUCUCCAGAUCCAUGAACAAAUAAAAAAUGGCUCGCAGACUCAGGAUACAGAAACAUAUUGCAUGAUUUAUUUUCCUACAUGGGAUGACUUUGUGAGAAAUGGGUACAUUAUGGGAUGUAUUGUUUUCAUAGCAGCAAUUGCUCAAGGAACUUUAUCACAAUGUUCAACUCACAUUGUUAACAUUGAAGGAAUACGACUGAAAAAUGCAUUACAGGCCUUGGUAUAUAAGAAAUCACUGCAACUUUGUGUAUGGGCAAUAAGAGAACACAAGGAUGAGCAUGAACAGCAGCCAAUAUAUUUACAUAAAUCAGGUGGUCUGAUUAAUAGUCACAAUGCAGGCAUAAAAGAGAAGAGACCAGAAAGUAGUCAUGAUUUAUCAAAUGGUACAGUCAAGCAUACCAUGGAAAAACAUGUGAAAUGUCAAACAGCAAUAGAUACUGGAACAAUAACAAACUUGAUGUCAGAAGAUUCAUUCAACAUAAUGUCAUUUUUUUGGAUUGGACAUUAUAUUUGGGCAAUUCCACUGAAGAUAGCUGUACUAAUGUAUUUACUGUACACAAAACUUGGCAUUAGUGCAUUAAUUGGAUCAGCAGUCUGUAUAAUGGCCAUGACACCACUACAACUUUUUGUUGGGAAAAAGAUGUCUGUGAACUCAAAAUCAAUAACAGAAAUCAGUGAUGAACGACUUAGAAAAAUUAAUGAAAUUCUGCAAGGCAUUAAACUUCUAAAAUUAUAUGGCUGGGAAGAUAUUUAUGCUUCUAAAAUCCUAGAAACUCGAAGAAAGGAACUGUUCUUAUUGAACAAAGAAUCUUUAUAUUGGGCAAUAAUGACAUUUUUAACCCAUGCAUCAUCAGUUCUUGUAACUCUCGUAACAUUUGGUGCUUGCUUUCUAAUGGAGGAGCCACUCACACCUGCAAAUGUGUUUGCAGGGCUUGCAUUAUUCAAUCAGCUAACUGUUCCCCUAUUUAUUUUUCCUGUGACAGUACCAAUAAUCAUUAGUGCUGUGGUGAGUACCAGGAGAUUACAGGAGUUUCUUUCCCUUCCAGAAACAGGCAGUGGUGUGCACAAUCAUCAACAUUAUAUUGAAUCUAAAACUGUUUUUAAGAAUCUUGGCAACAGAAACAUCACCAAUAAAGGAUAUACAAUGAUGCCUGUCAGCAGUAAAAAUGUAAACAGCACACUUAAACUGAGAGAAGAAUAUUCUGACAGUGUGUUCAGCUUGCACGAUAUUCCUGAAAGUAAAGAGUGGCAACAUACUGAUGAGGAAGAUGGCACAGAUGAUAAUGAGGAUGAAGAAGAUGAUAAUGCUGAUGAUGUGAAUGAAGAUGCUGUUAGAAAAACAGACAAUAAAGAGAGUGUUGUCAGUGGAGACUUUUCUAACAGUGAAACAGAUACAGUUGUUUCUGUAAGAAAUGGUGUUUUUUCAUGGAGUGAGCAGUCAAGACUUAAUACCCUUACAUUAACAGAUGUUACUAUUCCAAAAGGGAAACUGACUGUCAUUGUUGGAACAGUUGGAAGUGGAAAAUCUUCUCUGCUCUCAGCGAUACUUGGCGAGAUGCAUACCAUCAAUGGAAAAGUGUCGUGGACCAGUGGUGCGACCAUUGCUUACUCUUCACAGAAGCCUUGGUUGUUAAAUGCAACAGUAAGAGAAAAUAUUCUCUUUGGGCAACCAUACAGACCACGACGAUACCAGAAAGUUAUAUCUGCUUGUGCUCUAGAGCCAGAUAUUGACUUACUUCCUGGCAAGGACUUGACUGAAAUUGGAGAGAAGGGAAUUACUCUCUCUGGAGGACAGAAGCAAAGAAUAGCUGUAGCACGAGCUUUAUAUUGUAAGGCACAUGUUGUCAUUUUGGAUGAUCCCCUAUCAGCCUUGGAUUACCAAGUUGGCAAGCAGGUCUUUACUGAAGGAGUGAAAAAACUUUUACUAAGACAAAAAAGGACAGUUAUUCUUGUUACGCAUCGUUUACAGUUGUUAUCCUAUGCAGAUAAGAUAAUUGCACUUGAAAAAGGAAGAAUACGAGCACAAGGAACACUGAAAGAUAUUGAAAGUAUUGACAAAGAACUUGUAAAAAGUUGGCGAACUGUGAUGAACCGUGAAGCUUUAGAAGAAAAAAAGCUUUCAAAAAGUCACACUGCAAAAGAAAGAUGGCAACUAAUCAGACUAAUUUCUCGUUUUGGAAUGCAAUUGAAACAACAAAGUGUAAAGGAUAACAUCUGGCAGUCUGACACUGGUUGUCUUGCAGGAUUACCACAGUUUGUGCCAUUCCGGAAACAGAAGAAUGCAUUUGGUGGCUCGAGACAUCUGACACAUGAUCUUCCGCUUCCAACAGAUGAAUAUCAAGAUGAAUUUAUCUGUCCAAAUGAACAAGAUAUUCUUCGUGGAAGGCGGGCAAGGGCAUCAACGUUAAUAGAACCUCCAGCACGUCACAAAGUUGUCCUUCGAAUGUCCUCACUGCAGGCCAAUAGAACAGUGGAAAAUAUUCCUUUCCCUGUUAUGAGGCAACUCUCAUCUCCAGCUAUUACUAAUGGCCAGUUUAUACCAAUACUUUCAAGGCCAGUUCCUAUUACUCCUUCUGCUGCUGCGAAAGAUAAGGGUGUCCUGAAGAAACUGGCAUCAUCUACUUCAUUUAAAUCCACCACAUCAGUAACAGAACAGGAGCAACAACCAGCUAGACGGCUACUCUCAACAACUUCUAGUUUGAGUGAUGACUUAAGUGAAGAUGAUGAUUUGUGUGAUGAAACUGCAGAAAAUUCAGGAAGAUUAGCUUCAGAUGAGGAACGAGAAUAUGGAAAAAUUCCCAAAAAGCUUUACAUUGAAUAUCUAAAGGCCUGUGGGAUUCUAGUGGGUGGAACUUAUUUAAUUCUCACUUUUUCUUGGCAGGGUCUAAGAAUAUAUACAGACUACUGGUUAAGUGAGUGGAGUGAACAGGCAGAUGCAGCUGUUGAUAAUUUUGAAAAUCAGGCUUCCAUAGCACACUACUUCCAAAUUUAUGCAGGGCUGUCCAUAUUGUCAAUUGUGUUGUCGCUAUCUUCCAAUGCGAUUGGGCAGUUGUCAGGCUCAAGAGCAAGAAGAAUUUUGCAUGAAGCAAUGUUAUUCAAUAUUCUCAAAUGCCCACUUAAGUUUUUCGAAACAACUCCUGUUGGAAGAAUAAUAAACAGGUUCUCAACAGAUACAAAUGUCAUUGAUAAGAAAAUAGCAAUAUCCAUUCAGCGAUUGGUGCAAUUCUUACUUCUGUGUGUGUCUGCAAUAUUCGUAAAUGCCAUCGUGACACCAUGGUUCCUUCUGAUUGCAGUUCCAAUAUGCAUAAUUUAUUAUGUUGUCCAGAGGUUCUACAGAUGUUCUUCAAGAGAACUGCAGAGACUAGACAGUAUCACACGAUCACCUAUAUUUUCACAUUUCUCAGAGACAUUAGGUGGUUUGACAACUAUCAGAGCAUUUAAUCACCAACAGCGUUUUGCAGAUUUGUUGUUUAAAAGAAUGGAUUGUCAUACAAACGUCUUCCUCAUUAUGAAUGCUGGAAACAGGUGGCUAGGAAUUGCCUUAGAUUAUUUAGGUGCUGUAAUAGUUUUCAUUGCAAUAAUUGCUGCCCUAGUAUCAGUAUGGCUAUAUCCAAAUUAUAUCACACCAGCACUUGUGGGAUUAGCAGUAAAUUACACAUUGCUGGUUCCUAUAUAUUUAAACUGGGUAGUAAAAUUUCUUGCUGACAUGGAGAUGUACAUGUGUGCAGUGGAAAGAGUCCACAAGUGUGCAAUGAUUCCAACAGAAGACUAUCGUUAUAGAGGAAUUAAAGUACCAAAAAACUGGCCUAUGGAAGGUGAUAUUGUGUUCGAAGAUGUAUCCUUGAGAUAUGAUUCUGGUUCUCAGUCAGUUAUUCACAACUUAAAUCUCCAUAUACCAGCUGGACAAAAAUUAGGAAUUUGUGGAAGGACAGGCAGUGGUAAAUCGUCACUUGUAAUGUCACUCUUCCAUAUGAUUGAAGUACAUGAAGGCACUAUAAAAAUUGAUGGCUUAGAUAUAUCAUUGGUUCCUCUUCAAGUCCUACGAUCAAGGCUGUCAGUCAUUCCUCAAGAUGUGAUUAUGUUCAGUGGAUCAAUAAGGGAAAAUCUUGAUCCAAGUGCACAGUUUACAGAUGCUGAACUGUGGAAGAGCUUAGAACUAGCUCAGCUAAAGGAAACUGUCAGCAGCUAUCCUGGAAAAUUAGAUGCUGAAGUUCAAGAGGGUGGAGAAAACCUCAGUGCUGGGGAGAGGCAACUAUUCUGUCUUGCUCGUGCUAUUCUGCACGGUGCAGCCUGUUUGAUAAUGGACGAAGCGACGAGUUCUGUUGAUCCAGAAACUGAAGAAGCCUUGCUAGCUGCAGCAUCGAAAGCGUUUGCUGGCCGCACAGUUAUUACUAUAGCGCAUCGACUAAGGACAAUUCUGAAUUGUGAUCGCAUCCUAGUUUUGGAUUCUGGCCGCAUUGUUGAAGAUGGGACACCUACACAACUACUUAGUAGGUCUAUGGGCAUCUUCUCUUCCUUGCUAAGAGCAGCAGAAGAAGAUGGCAUCUGUGGUUGAAAUGUAUAGACUCAUUAUUUUUUAGUAUCUUAUGAACUUAAUUAUUACUUCAAGGAAACCAGAAGAGUACCUUUGUAAAUUUUGCAUUUGGCUUGCAGUUUGUUGUGAGUGAGAAGCCCUUCAUCUAUUUUUAAAGAAAAAUGACUGUAGGUAGACAAAAUUUUUUGUAUACAGACUACUUCAUAAUUUAUUUUUUCACUUUAAUCUAAGAAGGUCUGAGCUUAACAGAUAAGAGAAGUGUACAAAUAACUUUUUCUUAUUUUAUUAUGUGGAGUUUUUGUGUGUAAAAAACAGAAUUUAUUUUUAUGGUGCUGAUCCUGAUAUUUUUUAUGAAAUCUUGAUAUUAGUUAUGAGGUUAUGUACUUAAAUUCACUAUUGUUUCAUAAGUAUUCAAAAACAGUCUGAAAGUUUCUGAUCUCUCGGUAGCCAAUCUACUGAUCCUCAUAGCUUCCUUCUACUUUCAUUACAUUUCUCUGCAGAAAUAUGUAUCCCUUUACUCUCUGUAUUUUACCUUUGUAUGUAUUUCAGUUUUGUGAUUUAGUAUUUAACAAUUAUAUUUUGUAAAAAAAAAUAAAUUUACUUAAUGUUUUUUUGAACAAACUUCUCUCUUCUUCAGACAUUAAAAAAAACUUUUUUCUUAAUUUUUUGUUGGCUUUAAACCAAUUUUACACCAAACAUUAAAUAAACAUAUUAAUUUAUAGAAGGAAAGGUAUUGUUUACUUCUACUUCAAAUUUGAAAAUCUUGCAAUGAUU